AUGUUCGCUCGACAGUGCUCCCGUCUCGUCUCCUCUCGAACCGCCGUUCCCUUGACGUCCUAUCUGGCACGCGUGAGACCCUACUCCUCCGCGGCCCCGGCCUACGAGCACAUCCUCACAUCGAGCCCCAAGGCGGGUGUUGGUUUGAUCACAUUAAACCGACCCAAGGCCCUCAAUGCAUUAUCCAGCCCUCUCUUCAAAGAGAUCAACGACGCCCUAACUAAAUACGAUGAGGACAAGGACAUCGGGGCCAUUAUCAUCACGGGCAGCGAGAAGGCCUUCGCCGCCGGCGCCGACAUCAAAGAAAUGGCCCCCCUGACCUUCGCCUCCGCCUACACCAACAACUUCAUCGCCCCCUGGUCGCACCUCGCCAACGCCAUCCGCAAACCCGUCAUCGCCGCCGUCUCGGGCUACGCGCUAGGCGGCGGCUGCGAACUGGCCCUCAUGUGCGACAUCAUCUACUGCACCAGCGGUGCCACCUUCGGCCAGCCCGAGAUCAAGCUCGGCGUAAUCCCCGGCGCCGGGGGAUCGCAGCGCCUGACGCGCGCCGUGGGUAAGAGCAAGGCGAUGGAGCUGAUCCUCACCGGCAAGAACUUCAGCGGCAAGGAGGCCGGUGAGUGGGGAGUCGCCGCGAAGGUAGUGGAUGGGGGCAAGGAUGAAUUGUUGGAGGAGGCCAUCAAGACGGCUGAGACGAUCGCGGGGUAUAGUCGGGUUGCCGUGCUGGCUGGCAAGGAGGUCGUGAAUAAGAGCCAGGAGCUGUCGUUGAGGGAGGGGGUGGAGUAUGAAAGGAGGCUGUUCCAUGGACUUUUCGGGAGCAAGGAUCAGAAGAUUGGAAUGACUGCGUUCGCCGAGAAGAAAAAGCCGGAGUGGUCGAAUGAGUAG